AUGCUGGUGUCACUACUUCUCGUGGCAUCUGUGGCCCAGGCGGCAUUCUUAGCCGAUCUACCAGCGGCGUUCAAAUCCUCCCCAUCCAAUUGGGCUUAUUUGACAUAUCCGAAUAUUGCAGUCUUGCCCGGAGCUUUCAAUAGGUCUGCCAUGGAUGCGAUUGUUGCAAGCGAGGCAUCUGAUGAACAGCUUAGUUCGACUAAUGAAUUUUUGAACUCUACAAAUUUCAUUGCUUAUGAGGAGAAGUUUUUCGACAUUGUAGGGCCAAAUGCUCAGGUUCAACACAUACACAAACUGGCUUAUCAGUCUCAUGAAUCCCCAUGCUACAACCCGGACUUGAAACAACUGUUCUUUGUCGAAUGGGGCCCUCCGGGUGGGCAGAAUGGCACUCAUACUUGGCAUUACCUCCUCAACACAGAAACCAAUGAGCUUCAAAAGUUUACCACUACGCCGCUCACUUACAAUGCUCAUGGCUGUGUCUACUUCAACAAGAGCUUGUACGUGGUAACUGAUGGGUCGCAUAACGAGACUGGCAGUUUGGUCAAGAUUAAUCCAAACACCCUUGAGAAAACUACUCUGCUUAACAACUACUACGAGCAGCCGUUCUUGGGCUUCAACGAUCUUGACAUUGACCCUGACGGCAACUUCUAUCUGACUGACUCCAAAUCCGCCUACGGCCGUGAUCUUACCGACUUCUAUAACCCGACCAAUCCUACUGUAUACUUUGUAAACGGUUCUAGUUUACGACCCAAGCCUAUCCACAUCACUACUGGUAACGCAAACGGUGUGGCGGUAGGUGUGAACCCGCAAGGCGGUCACAUUCUGUAUAUCCCAGAUACUGGAGUCUCGGAAUUCAAGCCCGUGUCGAAGAAGAACCCCUUUGGCGAUCGUUCUCUGCACGCGUUUGACAUUUCAAAGCAUGGGGUCCUCACGAACAAGCGCUUCUUGAACAACCCAAUCGCAUACUUUUAUGAUGGCAUCAGAGUGUCAAGGAAUGGCUGGAUCUUUGCCGGGUCGGGAGACGGCGUUUAUGUGAUUGAUCCGGAGAGUGGCCUGACGCUUGGGUCAAUCAGACUCGGCGGGGGAGAUAAUUUGGCUGUUAGCAUCGCUUUUGGGCAGAAUGAACUAUGGAUUGUCGGUAGGGGCGGCGUGUGGCAUGUGAGUAACGUCACAGAGACACUUUUGAGAAAAUGGUGA